UGGCUCGGUCACACCUUUCUCUCACUCUCCCCGUUCUCUCACUCUCACUUACUCUCUCAGUGUUCUGACCUCUGCCGUCUGCCGUUCGUCGCCGUUCUCCGCCGGUCGCCUGCGUUCUCCUUCGUCUGCUCGGCUUCGCGCACAGACGCACGUCGCUCUCUACUCUCUGCUUUGCCUCUCCUUACUUUCGCAUUCUCGCUCUCUGUUCUGCUUUGAUGCACGUCGAAUCUCUGCCGUCCGCCGCGCUGCCGUCGUUCGUUCGUCCAUAGCCGCACACGUCCAGACGUCCCUGCACGACUGCGCCGUUUCCCUGCCUGCACAACUGCGCUGCUUCUCCGCUCCAUUCAGAUCUACAGUAAGAAAAAUUGGACAGCUGUAGACAUAUACUCACCAUUGAGAAAAGAUGUCAGGUGGGUUAACCUGGAGGCACCAUGCCGUAAUUCAAGCUUUGUUGUCACGAGGUCCACUCAGAGAAUGAUUUGCACUCAAUGUUCAAGGAACUCACUAAGAAAUGCAGACAAGGACACAUACAAAGAAGGGUGUUUAUGAUGAAAAUUCAUGUGCAGUUUUUUAUUAAUUUCACAUGAAGUUAGUACAGAACCUGUUCGACCAAAUGCCCCAAAGGAGCCUCUGUCCAUUGGCUCAUCGCGUGUCAAUGCAAUGCAAUCACGCACCACCACCUUUCUCAUCCAUAGUAAAUCCAAACCCUUCUUCGUUCUCCCCUCUCUUCCAUUCUCAACCACCAUCCACAACCACACCAUUCAACAUGGACAACACCACCACACCACCACCACCUUCCACAACCGCAACCUUGCCGCCAUCAUCCACUCCCUCUGUGACGCCCACCGUUUCGAUGAAGCCCACAACAUCUUCUCCCUCUUCCUCUCCUCCGGCUUCCUCCCUGACCACCGCACCUCCAACGUUCUCCUCUCCCGCCUCCUCCCCUCUCGAACCCCGCACCGAACCUGGGCUUGUGCCCUUUCUUUGAUCCAAGCUAACCACGGCUUUGUUCCCUCCAUUGUCACCUAUCACCGCUUAAUGGAUCACUUUUGCAGGUUCGGUCAACCCCAACAAGCUCACAUACUGUUCUUCGACAUGAAGGGUAGAGGGCAUUGCCCCAAUGUGGUUUCUUAUACUACUCUCAUUAAUGGGUACUGCUUAAUUGGUGGAAUUGGUGAUGCCCACAAGGUGUUUGAUGAAAUGCUUGAUAGUGGUAUUGCGGCAAAUUCUUUGACUUAUAGUGUUUUAGUCGGCGGGUUUCUUAGGAUGAGGGAUAUAGAAGGAGCAAAGGGAAUGAUGUGCCAGUUAUGGGAGAAGAUGAGGGUUGAAAGGGAGGCUUCGAUGAAGAUGGCAGCCUUUGCGAAUCUGGUUGAUUCUCUGUGUAGGGGAGGGUUCUUCAAUGAAUUGUUUAGGAUAGCCGAGGAGUUUGCAUUAGGGGGCAGUUUGUGUGAGGAGGUUGCAUAUGGACAGAUGAUAGAUUCACUCUGCAAGGUUGGGAGGUAUCAUGCGGCUGCUAGGAUUGUGUAUAUAAUGAGGAAGAGAGGAUUAGUUCCGAGUGUAGCAUGUUAUAAUUAUAUUAUACAUGGGCUUAGCAAGGAUGGUGAUUGUAUGAGAGCUUAUCAGUUAUUAGAGGAAGCUGAAUUCGGAUUCUUGCUUUCUGAGCAUACCUACAAGGUGUUGGUGGAAGCUCUUUGCCAAGUGCUGGAUGUGGACAAGGCAAGGAAAGUUCUUGAACACAUGCUAAGUAGGGAAGGCGUCGACAAGACUAGGAUUUACAACAUCUAUUUAAGAGCUCUUUGUAUUGUGAAUAAUCCAACAGAACUCUUGAAUGUGCUUGUGCUCAUGCUUCAAAGCCAGUGUCAUGCAGAUGUGAUCACACUUAACACAGUUAUCAAUGGAUUUUGCAAGGUGGGGAGGAUUGAUGAAGCUCUAACGGUAUUACAGGACAUGUUGAGUGGUAAAUUUUCCGCUCCCAUUGUGACCUUCACUACUAUAAUUUCUGGUUUAUUGGACACUGCAAGAGUUGAUGAAGCUGUUGAGUUGCUCCAUAAAGUAAUGCCUGAAAAUCGUGUAAGACCGAGUGUUGCGACAUAUAAUGCUUUUCUCCGAGGCCUAUUCAAACUAAAGAGGCCAAAUGAUGCAUUGAGGGCCUUCAAUAAUAUGGUUUGAAAAGGGAGGCUUACCAGAUUGUUAGAGAGAUGAAAAGGAAUAAACUCACACCUGAUUGUGUGACAUGGAGGAUUCUUGACAAGCUACAUGGCAAAGUGAGGACGCACAAUCAUUUUGAAGAUCGAAAUUUGUCAGCACCCUAUGACAGAGCUUCACUUGGUACUUGAUGGAUGGUGCUGCCAUUUUUUAGACCUUGGUGGGAUUGCUACCAUCUUGAAUUGAUUAUUUUAGGCUGC